AUGUCCGACCAUCGCGACUCUGUCAACGAAGAGCAUGCUGCUGCUCUGAGCGAUCUGCGACAGAGGCUUGCUGCAGCCGCGCCGGCCCCCUCUUCCUCAAUCUCUAGAGACGAAUACAUUCAUCCUCGCCCUAGUACCCCAGAAGGAACUUUCAUUGCUGUCAGUGGCAUGCCUGAGCCCCAAGAGGCUCAAGAUGGUGUGCUCUGGAUGAUGGCUGGACACUACAUCUACAACGAUCAAGCUCAGGCUAUCGAGCCAGCAACCUAUACGCCCGACGCUGACAUGAACUUCAUUCCGGUUCGCUCCAACCCGGCGUACGUCUUGCCGAUGCAUCAUAAUCUUCACGACCACGCCGAUCCGGCCGCUUUCGCCAACCAGCUUGCCCAGGUGCGCCGUCUCGAGCUUGGAAAGGAUGCUCAGAUGGGUACUUCUGUCUGGAAGGAAGGAGCCCAGAAAGUGAAGCGCUUGGAUAACAACGAGACUGUUCCUCUCUCAAACCGUGCGCAAACUGUCGGCGAUUUCCCAGCCAUUGCCACUGGUUCAGGCGCCUCUGUACCCGACUGGGCCUCUAUGGUCGCUGAAAUGGCCGACACCACGCUUGCCAACCGUGUCCAAGGACGCAUCGCACAGUCUCGUGAUAUCGAAGACGUGCCACACCCAAUCAGAGAGGACGACUCCGGCACCAGUUCCCCAUCUCCACGCUCAGGUAUCCCGCAGACGACGCAUCUGGCCGCUGUCAGUGGUUACUACACUGACCUCGAAUCAGAACCAUCGAUUCUGGAUAGCGAGGUUGUCUCCCCGACCGGCAGCCGCCGCGGCAGCAACACAGGCAUAAGUGGCAAGCAGCAGAAGCACUUCCAAAAGAGUUCCAAGCGGCACUUCAAGCGCAAUCGCGCCCGCACCAACACCUCUCACGCAUCAUGGGACGCAUCUUCCGCCGGCGGCAGCGCCGCUCCUAAUUCCGUGGUUUCGACUGGCUCCGUGUCCGUCUACGGCACUGCGCGCGAGGAGCCGGCUUCUACGACGCCGUCCAACGCCUCGGCGUGCCUCACGCCCGUCGCGAGAUCUCGGGCUUCAUCCGUUCUCGGGUCUGGCAGCUCCGCUGCUGCUGGUGUUGACACCAUGCCGGCUAUCCCGGAGACGCCGACCAAGACCCCGGCUGCUGCUGUGCGUGCUCGUGGCCAGCAUAAGCACUCGUGGUCGGCCUCGUCGUUGGAGUCCAUCAAGUCGAUCUGGGAGGGACCGUCGCCGCCCCAGCGUAAGCGUGGCUAA